AGGAUAACUACACCUUGCCGGAAACCUGUAAAGCGAGCCUCCUGGGACCGACCCUGGCCGACAUGUGUAAUGUCACCUCGUACGAUUUCUUCCUGUCGAUUCUAGAGGCAUUUGUCGGAAGAAAACAAAAAAUCGCUCAAACCUGCGAACGCAUCACGCCUAUCCAGACCCCGGAUACCGAGUAUGACUUUAUCAUAGUGGGGGGUGGAGCAUCCGGUUCCGUCGUCGCUGCAAGACUGAGUGAGAAUCCGUCCUGGAAAAUUCUGCUUAUGGAGGCAGGCCCGGAGGAACCAGUUGGUGCAUCAGUCCCAAGUUUUGCUUUUACUAUAUCCCAAUCAUCCAUCGAAUGGGCAUACCAGUCAAUAAACGAGAGCUACGCCUGUCUUGGUUCGAAUGGUAGCUGUUCGAUCUCUGCAGCCAAAAGUCUCGGUGGAGGCAUGAUGCACAGUGAUAUGAUAUACCUGCGUGGCAGCCCGUUGAUAUUCGAUCAAUGGGCUGAAAUGGGUAACGAGGGAUGGUCGUGGAAGGAAGUCUUACCAUUUUUUAAGAAGUCUGAAAAUAACGGUAACAUCGAUAUUGUUGGUCAAGAGUAUCACGGCACGGAUGGGCCGCUUUUUGUCGAAAGAUUUCCGUCCCAACCACCUUUUGCAAAUGUAAUACUCGAAGCAGCCAAAGAGGCGGGUUUCGGCCUCAGCAAUGAUCUCAAUGGAAACGAUAGUAUUGGCUUCACUGUAGUUCAAACAACAAGUCACAGCGGUGCGAGACGCAGCAGCGCUACAGCGUAUCUGCGGCCAAUCAGACACCGCAAAAAUCUCCACAUCGCUCUGAACUCCACCUGCACGAGGAUCAUAAUCGAGAAUGGACAAGCAGUUGGCGUUGAAUACUACAAAGACGGAAAAUUCUACACGGUACGCGCAUCCAAGGAAGUCAUCGUAUCCGCAGGUGCCAUUGGGUCUCCCCAUCUUCUACUGCUUUCUGGAGUUGGGCCUGAAGAAGAUUUGACCUCCAUGGGAAUCAAUGUGGUCGAAAAUUUACCUGGCGUCGGCAUGAAUUUCCAUGAUCAUGCCAUAUUUCCGAUUGCGUUCACCAUUAACGAGCCUGACGUCUACGAAGACAACUGGGCUGCUCUUGCCGAGUAUAUCGCUUUCCAGACUGGACCCUUGUCUAGCACUGGACUCGGUCAAGUGUUGGGUGCUCUACCAUCUGGAAUUACCACGCCCGACCUUCCGGACAUUCAUAUAUUCGCCAACGGUUAUUAUGCUGCUUGCGCACCCGGUGGAAUCGGCGUCUUUAGAAGCGAGGAUAAACGCGAAAUCGAGUUUUGGGCCGGUUACGAGCAUCCAAAAUGCAGAGGAAGAAUCAGUCUGACUUCACCGGAUCCUUUUGAACAUCCUUCAAUCUGGGUAAACUAUCUUUGCGAUCCUGACGACGUUGCUGGGCUUGUGAAAGCCAUCGAGUAUUCACUGCGAUUCGCCGAUACACCGGCAUUGAAAGCCUACAAUAUCACCUUGGCCGCAACACCUUUCGAGGCCUGCUCAAAUUACACUUUUGCAAGCACGGAAUACUGGGAAUGCGCAGUUCAUUACAAUGCUACUUCGGAAUACCAUUUUUCAGGCUCCUGCAAAAUGGGUCCAUCAUCGGAUCCACUUGCAGUUGUCGAUCCUCGGCUUCGAGUCUACGGAAUACAAAGACUACGCGUUGCUGACGCUUCUAUUAUGCCGCAGGUGAGUACUGCUAAUACUGGAUCAGUCUGCGUCAUGAUUGGAGAACGAGUUGCACACAUGAUCAAGCAAGAUUGGAACUAUACAGAUGCAAUGUAAUAUUUUUCAUAAUUCGACACAAUAAAACCUUUUCAAAGUAGCGACGGAUGUAAAAAUAAUUAUUUAAAU